AUGACAUCGUCGCUCGUUAAAGCACUGCAUCGCGUGCAGGAGCUCUUUCACACUCUGGUCGCUGCUCUCGAAGCCGCCCUCUUUGGAGAAUCGCAUCGCAAGCGACGUUCAUUACAUGGUCGAGGUCGGAAGCGGCGUCGCUCUCUCGGUGAACUCGCUCAAGAGGUUGACCGUCUGUUCAAUGCACACCUCGGCGUGCAGAAUAUGCUGUCCAUGUCCGCCAAAAUCAAGGACCAACUAAAGGCAUGCUUGGAAUCCAAUCCCUCGUGCAUGCUUCCGUCGUACAACCAUGCCUUGCCCACCGGGAAUGAGACGGGGACUUUUCUGGCCUUGGACGUCGGCGGCUCGACUUUCCGCGUUGCCCUGAUCGAGUUGGCUGGUAGAGAACACGGGAUGAAGAUCGUGAGUGCGACGUCGAUGGUGAUUGACGAGGACGUCAAGGCGUUGCAGGGGACCGACUUUUUCGACUGGAUGGCAGAGCGCAUUGAUAGAUUUUUGUCUGGCGUGGACGCGAAAUACGGCCGGCAGGCGACCCCGCUGUCGAUUGGACUGUCGUGGUCUUUCCCCGUCGACCAAACAUCCGUUAGCAGCGGGAAUCUUCUUGGCAUGGGCAAGGGGUUCCGCUGCUCGGACUCUGUGCUGGGGCAGGAAUUGGGCGGCUUGAUCGUGUCUUCGUGCGAGAAGCGCUCAUUGAAUGUUCGCAUGGACGCAAUUGUUAAUGACAGCUCUGCAACACUGUUGACGCGCGCCUAUGUUGACCCCAGGACGCGGAUGUCCCUCAUCCUUGGAACCGGCACGAACGCGGCCGUGCACUUCCCCGUUCAUGAAAUUGGCCUCACCAAGUUUGGCACCCGACCUGCCGGUUGGUUCGAACGCGCGAAGCAUGUUAUUGUCAACAGCGAAUUGAGUAUGUUUGGCGGCAAUGUGCUUCCCAUGACGCGAUGGGACGAUGUCCUAAACCGGACUCAUCUGCGUCCGGACUUCCAGCCGCUGGAAUACAUGAUCACGGGUCGCUAUCUUGGAGAGAUUGUGCGCUUGAUUCUCGUCGAAGCAGUUGAGACGGCAGGCUUGUUCGGUGGCGAUUUACCUCAUUCGCUGAAGCAACCUUAUUCGUUAGACACGUCGAUAGUUGCGUUUAUCGAAGGUGACACCUCUCCAUCCCUCGCCCCCUCGGCGGCUCUGCUACAGAAAAAUCACACUUUCCAUGCUACACCGUCAGCGGAGGAUCUCGCGUUUAUCCGCCAUGUAUGCAAGUGCGUGUCGAAUCGGUCCGCGGGUUACUUGUCCACGGCGAUCUACAGUAUGUGGUGUUUGCGUAACGAAGCCGAGUUCCCAGUGCAAUCGACGACGGAGCCGGUUAAGAAACUGCAGCCGCAGGAAGUCACAGUGACUGAACUUGAGGAGCCUUCGAAGACUUUAAGUAUUGCCUGUGACGGUAGCGUGAUAAACAAGUACCCUGGCUUCCGUGACCGAUGCCAAUCGUACCUCGACAUCAUUAUCCGAGAGAGCAAUGUAUCCUCAAUGGCCGCCGACAAGCCAUCCAUUACAUUGGAGCUUGCACAUGAAAGCGCCAUCUUUGGAGCCGCCGUCGCCGUUGCCAUUUCCGUUUCAGAGCGAGAGUCUGCCAGUGCUGCUAACACUAUCGCCGUCUAG